UGAAUCACUGAGCCAUGGGAAUAUGGCCGAAUGCAUCAUCUAUAGAUGGGUUCAUCCUCUUGGGCAUCUUCUCCCACAGCCAGACUGACCUGGUCCUCUUCUCUGCAGUUAUGGUGGUCUUCACAGUGGCGCUCUGUGGGAACGCUCUCCUCAUCCUCCUCAUCUACACUGACUCCCGGCUUCACACUCCCAUGUACUUCUUCCUCAGUCAGCUCUCCCUCAUGGACCUCAUGUUGAUCUGCAACAUUGUGCCAAAGAUGGCAGCCAACUUCCUGUCUGGCAGGAAGUCCAUCUCCUUUGUGGGUUGUGGCAUACAAAUUGGAUUUUUUGUCUCUCUUGUGGGAUCUGAGGGGCUCUUGUUGGGACUCAUGGCUUAUGAUCGCUAUGUGGCCAUUAGCCACCCACUUCACUACCCCGUUCUCAUGAGUCAAAGGGUCUGUCUCCAGAUUGCUGGGAGUUCCUGGGCUUUCGGGACCCUUGACGGAAUAAUUCAGAUGGUGGCAGCCAUGAGCAUGCCCUACUGUGGCUCAAGAUACAUCGAUCACUUCUUCUGCGAGGUGCCGGCUUUACUGAAGCUGGCCUGUACAGACACAUCCCUCUUUGACACCCUGCUCUUUGCUUGCUGUGUCUUCAUGCUGCUCCUCCCCUUCUCCAUCAUUGUGGCUUCCUAUGCUCGCAUCUUGGGGGCUGUGCUCCGCAUGCACUCUGCUCAGUCCCGAAAAAAGGCUCUGGCCACCUGUUCCUCUCACCUGACUGCUGUCUCUCUCUUCUACGGGGCAGCCAUGUUCAUCUACCUGAGGCCAAGGCGAUACCGGGCUCCUAGCCAUGACAAAGUUGUCUCAAUCUUCUACACAGUUCUUACUCCUAUGCUCAACCCCCUCAUUUAUAGCUUGAGGAACAGGGAGGUGAUGGGGGCACUGCGUAAAGGGCUGGACCGCUGCAAGGUCGGCAGCAAGCGUUGAAAAGCUCUGGUCCAGGGCCUGGCUGUGUUUCCCGCUAUUUGCAUAGCAUUGGUAAGUCAUUUUUGUUUGUGAAUCUCUGUUUCCUUCUAGAUGAAGGAGAGUCAUGACACUGCCCCUUUCACAGGAGUUUUAUGGGGACCCCUUUCUAUGAGUUUAAAACCUCACAAGGGAGCCCUGCUUCACUAUUGUUCUUAUCAGUUGUACAUAACAUCCUUCAAUAAAAUUUACUCUAUUUCU